AUGCUGGAGCAGAGGUACCCUGACGCCUGCCUCGGCUUUGACCACUUUGCGUUCCGCACAUUUGGGGUGGAGGGACUGGGCAUCCCCAGCGCCGCCGCCCUGUUCACAGACUUUGGCUACCAGCAGCGGGACAUGCUCACCUUCCCGGCAAAGAAGCUGCAGGCUUACUGGUACUCGCCUCCCGACCCGGAGCUGCCCCGCACUGCUUCUGCCAUGCAGGUGGGGGAGCUGUCCCCCGCGGCGCAGGCGGUGAUCCAAAAGUACGUGGGCGGCGCGGCGGCCCCGUCGCUGCUUGGAAAGUACGGGCUCAUGAGCGCGCUGCUGGGUGUGCAGCCAUGGUACACCCCCACCUUGGAAGACUAUGAGCUGCUGGCACAGGAGAGCGAGUAUGCCGCCUGGGUGCUGGUCAACGGCUACGCCUUGAACCACGCCACGAUUGCAGUGCACCGCCUGGAGGGGCACACAGGCGGCUUGGAGGCGCUGAACACCUUCCUGCAGGAGCAGGGGGUGCUGCUGAAUGGCGAGGGCGGCAUCACAAAGGUGUCCCCCGACGGCGGCCUGCUGCAGUCCAGCACCGUGGCAGACCGCAUCUCCUACUGCUUUGCGGGGGGCGAGACAGAGCUGGUGCCCGGAAGCUACGUCGAGUUUGCCGAGCGCCUGGUGCUUCCGCAGUUUGCGGGGCUCAAGCCAGAGCAGGUAGAGGAGCGGCACCGCAGAGACGGCUUUGAGGCGCUUAACGCCGACAAAAUCUUCGAAUCCACCACAUUGGCGGCGAAGCAGCCGUGAGCACGAAUUUGGGCUCCGUUUGAUUGGGAGCUCCUUGCCGUCGCCAUGUCAUGCCUGCUGCAGCUUGUUGCGUUGCGCUGUUUUGUGUUGUGUUGCUAUAAAACUCGCAUUGGCCAGAAACACAACAUUGUUU